CGCCUCUAUUUCUCUAGCAGAGUUCCAGAUCUAUUCUGUUCUCUGCAAUCUUCUUCAGCCAUGGCUCUUCUUGUCGAGAAGACCUCAUCAGGUCGUGAGUACAAAGUGAAAGACAUGUCUCAGGCCGAUUUCGGUCGUCUCGAGAUCGAGCUCGCCGAGGUUGAGAUGCCUGGUUUGAUGUCUUGCAGAUCUGAGUUCGGCCCUUCACAACCCUUUAAAGGAGCUAGAAUCACUGGCUCCCUUCACAUGACCAUUCAAACUGCCGUUCUUAUUGAAACCCUAACUGCUUUGGGUGCUGAAGUCCGCUGGUGUUCCUGCAAUAUCUUCUCCACCCAAGAUCACGCCGCAGCUGCCAUCGCUCGUGACAGUGCUGCGGUCUUUGCUUGGAAGGGUGAGACGCUUGAGGAGUACUGGUGGUGCACUGAGAGAGCUCUUGAUUGGGGUACUGGUGGUGGUCCGGAUCUGAUUGUUGAUGAUGGUGGUGAUGCCACACUGCUGAUUCAUGAGGGUGUGAAGGCUGAGGAGGAGUAUGAGAAGACUGGGAAGUUGCCUGACCCAGCUUCGACAGAUAACGCUGAGUUUCAGAUCGUGCUUAGGAUUAUUAGGGAUGGUUUGAAGACGGAUACCAAGAGGUAUCACAAGAUGAAGGAGAGAUUGGUUGGUGUUUCUGAGGAGACUACCACUGGUGUGAAGAGGCUUUACCAGAUGCAGGCUAAUGGGACAUUGCUCUUCCCUGCCAUCAAUGUCAACGACUCUGUUACCAAGAGCAAGUUCGACAACCUCUAUGGAUGCCGCCACUCCCUCCCUGAUGGUUUGAUGAGGGCUACUGAUGUUAUGAUUGCUGGAAAGAUUGCACUUGUUGCAGGGUAUGGAGAUGUCGGCAAGGGCUGUGCUGCUGCCCUCAAGCAGGCUGGUGCCCGUGUCAUUGUGACUGAGAUUGACCCCAUUUGUGCCCUCCAGGCUUUGAUGGAAGGUAUCCCAGUCCAGACCCUUGAAGAUGUGGUUUCAGAAGUUGACAUCUUUGUUACCACCACCGGUAACAAGGACAUCAUCAUGGUGGACCACAUGAGGAAGAUGAAGAACAAUGCAAUUGUCUGCAACAUUGGUCACUUUGACAAUGAGAUCGACAUGCAUGGUCUGGAAACAUUCCCUGGUGUGAAGAGGAUCACAAUCAAGCCCCAGACAGAUAGGUGGGUCUUCCCUGACACCAACUCGGGCAUCAUCGUCUUGGCUGAGGGGCGUCUGAUGAAUCUCGGAUGUGCCACUGGCCACCCCAGCUUUGUGAUGUCUUGCUCAUUCACAAACCAGGUGAUUGCUCAGCUGGAGCUCUGGAAGGAGAAGAGCACUGGCAAGUAUGAGAAGAAGGUUUACGUUCUACCCAAGCACCUUGAUGAGAAGGUUGCUGCACUUCACCUUGGAAAACUUGGGGCUAGGCUCACCAAGCUUUCUCCCGAGCAGUCCGAGUACAUUAGCGUUCCUGUUGAGGGUCCAUACAAGCCUCCCCACUACAGGUACUGAGACAUGGAGAGAGAACAGAAGAAUCAAAGCUUUGAUUGUUUGUAUUUUUUUUUCCCUUUCAAGUAUUUCUAGUCUGUCAUGGUAGUUUUGUGAUGGCUGUGGUUGUUUGGGGUGGGGGUGUGCCGAGAGGAGUGAAUUGGUCUCUGUUACAAUGAAUAUUAACAGGAAGACCUCGGGUUUUGAAUAA